UCUGCAGCCAAUUAAGCCAACUGGGUUCCUUUCCUCACGGGGGCCCAUUGUGCAAUGGCUGCAAACAGCAGCUUUCUUGGUAGUGUGUGCAGCCUGUUUGUUGUAUGGGUUGCUUUAAGGGACCAUGGAAACAGGCCUUUCAGAUGUAUGUUUAUGUUUCUGACCUUGCGCUACCCCAGUGCAGGCUCCAAACAGGCAUGCGAGGUGCCUUUGGAAAGCCCCAGGGCACUGUGACCAGGGUUCACACUGGCCAAGUUAUCAUGUCCAUCCACACCAAGCUGCAGAACAAGGAGCAUGUAAUUGAGGCCCUGCGCAGGGCCAGGUUCAAGUUUUCUGGCCACCAGAAGAUCUGCAUCUCAAAGAAGUGGGGCUUCACCAAGUUCAAUGUUGAUGAAUUUGAAGACAUGGUGGCUGAGAAGCAGCUCAUCCCUGAUGGCUGUGGGGUCAAGUACAUCCCCAGUCGUGGCCCUCUGGACAAGUGGCGGGCCCUGCACUCAUGAGGGCUUCCACUGUGCUGCCCCCUCUUAAUACUCACCAAUAAAUUCUACUUCCUGUCCAAAAAAAAAAAAAAAAGAUGCUCCAGAUCAGUUGUUUAGAAUGGUGCUCGGUGCAUAGUAAGCAGUCAAUAAAUGAUUGCUGUGAGUGUGCUGAAAUAUGGAUAUGAACAAAUAUUCCAGGAUCACAGAGGAAAUGGCAUUCCAAUGUGCUGACGAUGUGGAUGAGAACUUCCCUCAAGAGGAGACAUUUGAGCUGAAUUUGAAGAUAAGCUCAUCAGUGAACCCAGGGGCAAGGGAAAGGGGAUGUGUAAAGGUCCCAAGGCAACAGGGAGAGAACAUUGUAGGAACUGUGAGAAGUUUCAAGUGGCUGGCAACAAAGGAACAUGAACAGAAAGAGCAGACUGUAGAGGAAGAGAUGGGUCAGAUCACCAGGGUCCUGGGACUUUAUCUGGGAGGCCCCAGGGAGCCACUGAAAACUUUUAACUGAGAAGUGUCAUGCCCAGAUAGUCUUCCUCCCAGAAAGAUCAUUUAACAUGGUGGCACAAGCUUAGAUCAGAAAAAAGACAGAGAGAUCAAGAAUGGAAGACCACUCUGUGAAUCAAAUGAGAGAUGCAGAGCUAGCAUGCUCCAAGAGAUGAUACAGCACUGAUCUGGAAAUGGGCCUCCCUGCAUUUUAUUCAAAGCUUUGCUGCAGAUCUGCCAUUUGAAUUGGAUGCCCUUAGAUGGACCUCAGUUUUCCCACCUAUCAAAUGAGAACCAAUGAUCUCAGAAGCAUCAUCCAUCACCUACAUCCUACAUCCUUGAAUAGGGAGGGUAAUGUCUGAGGUAAGGAAAUGGCAAAACCAGGGGAUUGGGGGUAAAGUAAGUCCCUAAACACCAACUUUCAGCAGCCUGAAAUGACAGAUCUGCAGUGGGGUCUGAAUGACAGAUCUGCAGUGGGGUCUUUCAGAAUCAGGCAGAAAGGCCCUGCCUUUGCCUUUAGGCCCAGCAGUCCUGGAGUGCAGCAAGCAUAGGAGAGAAACAGGCAUAGGAGGGAAGCCCUCAUGUCCUUACAUGACACUUUUAUUUAUCAAAGUUAACAGAAGAGAUGGGGUCAAGGAAGAGGUGCAAGAAGGAGAAGCAACCAAGAAGAGGAAGAAGAGAGACUUCCUUUUAGGAGCCAGAAGAAUAUUGCUAAUCCCUUCCCUAGUGUUGCAAAUGAUGGGGUCUCCUAUUAGGAUGGUGUCAUCCUAAGUAAUCCAUUUUACCUCUUGGAGACUGGUUCACCAUGUGGGAGAUGGAAAUGGCAACAAGCUGGGUUACUUAUCUCAAGAUGACUAUAUAUAGAAGAUAUGUGGA